UUGGCCAAUAAUGGUUGACCACACUAGGACCUUACUUUUUAUAGUAUGUUCUAUGAAAGUAUUAAUGAGCGAUGUGACACCGGCAUGUUUCCAUGUUGAGUUGGGAGCAAUGAGGGUCGUCGCCAACAACGCAAUAAUUAUUUUCAACUCAACCAACUACACCCUCACCUACUUUGGCUUCACAUUGGACCUACUUCAAGCACUCAUAAAUCCGACUUUCAAAUUAAUAAUUACGCGUUGGAAACCGGACAAAAUAGAGGAAGAAGUCCUGUUCAAUCAAACAACCCUCGUUUGCCAGCUGGUUCGUUUAUCCAGACGUUUCCCUUUUAUGGAGUCGGCUCUUCGCGCCACACUUUUAUUUACCAAUAUCACACUAAAAUGCCCCAUUCCGCCUGCUCGUUACGCUAUUUUCAACGCAAAGCUUGGAAAAGUAUUUCCAGCAGGAUUUUUCUACAAACCAAACACGAUUGUGACAAUGGAUUUAAGUUACCAUGAACACGGCCCAAGUGAUAAUGUUGAUUUUAUAGCUCAAGUGUUAAUUAAUUUUAUUAUAAAACAGCAGUGCAGGGGAGGAAACCGAUUUUAA